UCGUUGGCGUGUCCGUUCCCCGAUCCGCCGGCGGCCGCGCGGGCGGAGGCGCGUCGGGCCGCGGGCAGGUCGCGAGCCCGCGCGGCGGCUCCGGGCCCGCGAUCUGCCCGCUCCGCCCGCCUGUAGCAUGCUCGCUCGACAAUCGCCUCACGCGUUCAUACUUUUCUCUCACUGUGUACGAAUUCAUCGGUAGAUGAUCAUCGCGAUGCUUGACCUCGAGCGUCCUUGUCGCGCGCAGUCCGCACGGCUUCCUUUAGAGGCGACAUUCCCUUAAUAUAUGAUGUUAAUCUCGACAUUUCCUCCGCAGUUUCUCAACAUGGCGUCCGUUUUCAUGCGGAUAUUCAACUUAAUCUGCAUGAUGUUAUUGAUCGGUCAUUGGUCUGGAUGCCUUCAAUUCCUUGUGCCUAUGCUUCAAGGAUUUCCGCCUAAUUCGUGGGUGGCGAUUAACGAAUUGCAAGAAGCUUUUUGGCUGGAGCAGUAUUCAUGGGCGCUCUUCAAAGCGAUGUCCCACAUGCUCUGCAUCGGGUAUGGCCGCUUCCCUCCCCAGUCGCUCACAGACAUGUGGCUCACGAUGCUCUCCAUGAUAUCUGGUGCUACCUGUUAUGCCCUUUUCUUGGGUCACGCAACAAACUUGAUUCAGAGUCUUGACUCGUCGCGUAGGCAAUAUCGUGAAAAGGUGAAGCAAGUUGAAGAAUAUAUGGCAUACCGAAAGUUACCGCGUGAGAUGCGACAGCGAAUAACAGAGUACUUCGAGCAUCGAUACCAAGGGAAGUUCUUCGACGAGGAACUGAUCCUUGGAGAGUUGAGCGAAAAGCUACGUGAAGAUGUCAUCAACUACAACUGCAGGUCGCUAGUUGCAUCCGUGCCUUUCUUCGCGAAUGCAGACUCCAACUUUGUUUCUGAUGUCGUCACUAAAUUGCGUUAUGAAGUCUUCCAGCCUGGUGAUAUUAUCAUAAAAGAAGGAACCAUCGGUAAUAAGAUGUAUUUUAUUCAAGAAGGCAUAGUAGACAUAGUGAUGGCCAACGGCGAAGUAGCGACCAGUCUAUCGGACGGGUCUUAUUUCGGCGAGAUCUGUCUACUGACAAAUGCCCGACGAGUUGCCUCCGUCCGCGCCGAGACUUAUUGCAACCUAUUUUCCUUAUCAGUGGACCAUUUUAACGCUGUACUUGACCAAUAUCCACUAAUGCGCCGCACAAUGGAGAGCGUCGCUGCGGAACGUCUAAAUAAGAUCGGCAAGAAUCCCAACCUCGUCGCGCACCGGGAAGACGACACGACGUCGGAGGGGAACACCAUCAACGCCGUGGUGAACGCACUGGCCGCGGAGGCGGAGCACGUGAGCCUGUCGGACGACAGUGUGGCGCGCCUGUCGGAGCGCUCGCUGGGGCUGGCGCUGCAGCCUCUGCAGGCGGCGUCGUGCCGCAUGGCGGGCGUGGCGCUGCCCGGGCUGGGCGUGGCGGCGGCGGCGCUGCCGCGGCCCAAGUCCGAGCACGACUUCAGCUCGGCGCAGGCGCAGCAGCCGCCGCUGGCGGCGGGCGGCGCCAGCUUCCACAAGUCGGACGCCGGCAUCGCCCCCUGACGCCGCACCCUCAGCUAGGCCGCGACGGCCGACCGAUAGCAAUACUAGGCUUAGUGCGAGCGCGCGGCGCCUCGCUAGGUGUAGCGUAGACGCGAGUAUUAGCUGCGACUCUGCCGGGCGAACGCGCCCGCCGAAUCUCAUUUUGUGAUCUUAUACUUAAUUCUCCUGUUUUAUUUAGGUUAAAUUUUAUAUCAUCGACGCUGUGACGAAUACGCGACGUAUUCCGAUUAUAUAGACACUGUUAUAUAUUGAAACUAUCGAGUCUUAUAGUAAUACCUUGCCACUAAAGAGAAAAUUAUGUAGACUAGACUGAAAUGUAAAGAUAUCACUAUUUUAUGCUUUGUUGGCGUACGUGAACCUUCAUUGUUGACGGUUGAGGAACAUUCGUUCGCGUAUGAACGUUCAGAGUUUAUCGUUGCCGGUAGAGACGAUAACGGAGAUUAUUAUAUAUCUGAAGUUGUUGAUAAUUAUUAUUAUUACUUAUUAUGUAAACGUUGAAGCGUAGAGAUGUGUAGAGUUGCGUGAUGACUCGUUCGCCCCGCUUUAUUUAGAUAGUCGUGUAACAUGUCCUAUUUUUGCACAUAACCUACUAUAAUCGUGUGCCAUAUAAAUUUAUUUUUAUAUUUUUCGGUUAGGCAUUUACACAGAAUCGCAAUCGUAUGUAACAAAAAUAUUUUUUAGAUGUAUUUAAGAAUACUUUUAUAUUGUACGUGUCCUGUUUUCCCAACAAUAUUUUAACUUAAAAACAAUUUUAUUUAUUUAACAUUAAGAAAAAUACAAUAAAAAAUAAACGGUUGGUUCAAAACAAACACACGUACAACUAGGUUUACUAGAAGUUUAUUUAUUCUAUGUAGGUAAUUAAAAUGGUAUUUUUGUUAGUAUUGUUAAUAUCAUCUAUCCACAUAUCGUAAUCCCAAUGAAUCCUAACCAUAUAAGUGUAAAAGUAGAGUAAUCAUUUAAUUUUAUAGAUUAUUAUACGCGGGCGAGCGAGUGUUACCGCAACACGCGGUGACGCACCGUGCAGUGCACAAUUGACGCACAACCUUUAAACUCUCACAGUUCAGUAGCACCGUCGCUUUCUUAUUUUAACAUUUCAUAGUCAUAUCUGCCUCGUGGCAUACAAUUCUCUCGGUUUCCUAAGUAGAUUCGAAUCAGUAGCGCUUGAAUCGUUGGUUUUUGUAAAUAUUGUAAGUACGAGGAUUCGCCUUUUAGUGUAUUGUUUUAUAGAAGUGAUAAACGGACACGUGUCAGCGGUCCAGUCAAUUAAACCGGAGCGCGCGGUACUGCGCAACAAAUUGAUGCACACUACACUUGGUACCUUAUUUUAAUUGUAGGAAAAUUAAUUUAUUAUCGAUAGUGAUCAUUUCGUAGGAUUAAGUAGGCCCGAGCGGUAAUAAAUUCGGACGAAUUACGUUGUGAUAGUGCAGCUAGGCUGCUGUCUUGCCGCCGGCUCGGCGAUACUCGACGUCAUAGCGUAAGAUAUAAUAGCUCAACUGUGCAUGGACGAUGCUUAUACUUCUUUCUAUUUAACAUAUUUAAUUCUGCCUUUAUUAGCUGAUAUUUUCAUUGGCAGUAAGCUCUUAGACAUUUUGCAAGUGCUUCUUGAAAUUGUAAUAACUAGAAACAUUAGAUGACAGCAACGAUACUUCCCUUGGUUAGAGUAGAGUAGUCGUUGAGCCGACCGCCGCCGGCGCCGCAUCUUUGGCACAUUUCAUCGUUGACUAAUUAUUCUUAUAGUAUCAUAACAAUUUGUAAAAUAAUUUUGCAAAUGUUGACUUUUUAGCCAAAAUAUAGAUAAUGAAUGACGAACCAAUACGCAGUAGCUUACUAGUAGAUGAAUGCAGCCUAGUUUUCCGUUUUGGCGACUAACACCAAUAGGUACUAUGUACUCUUAAGAUAUUUAUACAAUUGAGACCUUAGCAGAGUGACGUUCAGUCAAUUUAUCUACAGAGUAAUAUUAUAUUACGUUUGAUCCCCGAAAGCAUUUAUUUACUGUUGUUUUAUCUGACAUUGAUGCUUUUUGUAAAGUAUAUAAAUUUUAUAGAAGAGAUCUAUUUUUAUUGUGAAGUUGAGCUGCUGGUUAUAACAGAGAAAACUAUACGAAACAAGAUUUUUUUUAUCUGGACUGUUAAUUAGUGUAUAAUUAUUAUAAUUAUAUUAUACUGAUUUCUGGUAUCUAUUUUCACCAAAAGUGCUCAUCGCUGUCAAGAAAAUUAGAGAAAAUGCAUUAAAAGAAUGAUGAAAAUCC